ACCUACGUCUCAGAGGGCGCCCCAGCGAACCCGGGAUAUGGUCUCUUCCUAGUCCGCUCCGGAAAUGCAACUGCGCACGGGCUGGCCACGUAAUCGUGACGUCAGCGAGCCCGCAGCGGCUGGCCGGACGCCCUAGGCUUCCGCGAGAUCUUCGGUGGGGGUACGGGUGCUUUACGCCACGAGGCUGAUGCGUUUGGGUUCUCGUCUGCAGACUCUCUGGACCUGGUCACGAUUCCACAAUGUACCACAACAGUAGCCAGAAGCGGCACUGGACUUUCUCCAGUGAGGAGCAGCUGGCAAGACUGCGGGCCGACGCCAACCGCAAAUUCAGAUGCAAAGCCGUGGCCAACGGGAAGGUUCUUCCGAAUGAUCCAGUCUUUCUUGAGCCUCAUGAAGAAAUGACACUCUGCAAAUACUAUGAGAAAAGGUUAUUGGAAUUCUGUUCGGUGUUUAAGCCAGCAAUGCCAAGGUCUGUUGUGGGUACGGCUUGUAUGUAUUUCAAACGUUUUUACCUUAAUAACUCAGUAAUGGAAUAUCACCCCAGGAUAAUAAUGCUCACUUGUGCAUUUUUGGCCUGCAAAGUAGAUGAAUUCAAUGUAUCUAGUCCUCAGUUUGUUGGAAACCUUCGGGAGAGUCCUCUUGGACAGGAGAAGGCACUUGAACAGAUACUGGAAUAUGAACUACUUCUUAUACAGCAACUUAAUUUCCACCUUAUUGUCCACAAUCCUUACAGACCAUUUGAGGGCUUCCUCAUCGACUUAAAGACCCGCUAUCCCAUAUUGGAGAAUCCAGAGAUUUUGAGGAAAACAGCUGAUGACUUUCUUAAUAGAAUUGCAUUGACGGAUGCUUACCUUUUGUACACACCUUCCCAAAUUGCCCUGACUGCCAUUUUAUCUAGUGCCUCCAGGGCUGGAAUUACUAUGGAAAGUUAUUUAUCAGAGAGUCUGAUGCUGAGAGAGAACAGAACUUGCCUGUCACAGUUACUAGAUAUAAUGAAAAGCAUGAGAAACUUAGUAAAAAAGUAUGAACCACCCAGAUCUGAAGAAGUUGCUGUUCUGAAACAGAAGUUGGAGCGAUGCCAUUCUGCUGAGCUUGCACUUAACGUAAUCACGAAGAAGAGGAAAGGCUAUGAAGAUGAUGAUUACGUCUCAAAGAAAUCCAAACAUGAGGAGAUCGCCAAACUUUGGCAUCAGAGCAAGGUCCACACUUAUCACUGAAAAUUUUCCCACCCAGCCCCAUUAAAAAAGUUAAAGUGUGAGAGAUUUUAUUUCAACACUGACAAGCUAGUUACUACAGGGCCUACAAAGGUAAGUAACAAGUUUCCAUUUCAACUUGAGAGAGAAAUGAUGUUAAAAUAUAAGAAGCAGGGUAAGUCAGGUUUGUGAUUUUAAAUAAAAGGGAGAAGGAUUUCAGACUGAGGAAUGACAGGUUAGUAUGGCUGAAGAUUGAGGCGUGAUUAGUGGGAGCCAAAGUUCACAGCAAAAAUAUCUUGACUAGUCCAUAUCCUCCCUGUCUUCUAUCAUGUAACCAAGGAAGGAGACCACCUGGGAUACUAUGUUGGUCCAAGUCCAGCUAAAAAACAGAAGGGAUGGAAAGGAGAGUACUUUGAUAAAAGAGCCAAGAAGGGAGAGAAUGGAAUGAAUUGAGCUGAUUUCAAGGAAAAAGGAGCAUGGGACAUGUUGAGAUUUUUGGUAUCAGUGUUAAACGGUGAUUGAAGCCACAUAGGUUAGCAGCCCCCAUAGAAAUAAUUGCCUUUUGUAGCUUGGAACUAUUAAGCAGACAUCUUUUAAGCCCUUAGCAUUUUUUUUUUUCCUGUAUUUUAUACAUUAGAGGAAUAGCAUAAAGUGUUGCUCUUGGAAUUUAGGCCUUUCCUUACUGUGGGAACACCUCCUUGGGUUCCUGUCUCACUCACUUUGAUUACCAAUGUCAUUCUGCCACGUAUGUUCCAUAUGUCCUAUCUGCCCUGCACAAUUAUGAGAGGGAAGGAAUUGUUGCAUAUCUAGAAUCCUUUUCAAAAGAGGCCAUUAGCAAAAAUACUAAUCUAAAGCUUCAGCUUCUCCCUGGGCCUUGCUCUGGUGCUAAGGUUUAAACUGCCCCUGAAGGAGGAAGAAAAUAAAUAAAUUAAAUGCUUAGCUCUAUUUAGACAGAAGUAAUCAAUUAUGCAAGAUAUCCCUUGGUUUUAUUUUAACUUAACCUUUGUGAAUACUUCACAAAAAUACACAUACAGAAGUAAAUAAAACUAUACAGUUGAACUAAAUAUCCAGCAGAUACAACAAGUAGUCAGAAGUUCAAAGAUGGAUAAGUUAGGCAGCUGAUGAGGUUGUCUGCAUAAUCAAAGGGGUAGCACAAAUAAUGAACAAAUAACUUUUAACAAAAGCAUUCUAGUUAACAUAAAAGAAAUUGGUAGUCUAUAAAAUGGUUGAAUGGGUAACAUGCGUUGAUCAAUACAACAACCAAUAAUAUUUACUGAAUUCAAACUAUUUACUUGUAAACAUUUAACAAAGCAUUAUGAGAUCUAAAUACAGUCUUUGACAAUUUCAACAAAAUAAGUAGUAUGUUUAAAAAAUAAAGCUGAUGAGCAAUAGAUCAUUCUAUAUAUUUUCUUUCAACAGUUCCAGCAAGAGAAAUAGCAGAGUAUUUUUUAAAAGUAUACAGCAAAGAUUGUUCCUAUUAUAAUGACAAACUCUGGAAACUGUAAAUACAAAUAAUCAUUGAACAGUCAAAUGGUCAUAUUCCUAAUCAGGAAGUAGUUACAGUAAGAACAGUCUGCAAUCCAGUUAUACACAAUUGUCAAUAAGAGAAUGUGUUUCUUGUCAGUUGAUUUCAUAGUUCUUUCUCUAAGAGACAGCAAAACUUUGGCAACUGGGUGUACUGAAAAUAUAUUUUGAAAGUUCAAGAUAUCAAGAUACAGUCAUAGCAUUUCGUUUUGUGAAAGGUGAUCUGUUGAUCUGUACACCAAGGCUCAGAGGUGGUUAAAGACUGAUUCCAUGUGGAAAUAGUGCAAAUAUCCUGCACAGAUAGCUUACAAGGUUGCUGGCAUAGUUAUUCACCAGCAGAAUCUUGGAUUUUGUUUGCAUAGCUCACACAUCACUGGAAUGUGGAAAAGUGUGCUAUUUUUUGGCAAGAGCAAAGGAGACAUUAAACUGAAGUGAAUUACCAUGUUGGGCAUGCUGAAUCCAUGCAGAACACUGGGGCGAAGGCUGCUACCUGACAUCAUUGGUUUUUGUAUACUGGUUUUGUUUUUGUUGAAGCAGUUCCGUUAUAGCCAGAAGCUUUUUCAAUACGUGCUAGACAGAGAGAAAAUGGUAUGAAAAUAAAUGAAAGCUCGGUCAGCAAUUUCAGGAUGGGAACCUGGAUUUGAAAAAAACUGUAUCAAAGCAAAAGGAUGCAUAAAAUAUUACCACAAUUCCACUCAAAACGUAAGUUUCUGUUAUUCAGUCAUUGGCUGAGUAUUUCUGGUCAUAACUAAGAGAAUUUUUAUACCCUAAAGUGAACAGAAAUUUGUUUGUGUUUUGCAUGCUUCUACAUUUUAGGCCAGAACUAUCACACUAUCACAUGCUGUCAGAAGCAGUUUACCUCUCUUUUAAAAAAGGCUUUUAUUUUUUAUUUAAUUUAAUAUCUAAGGCAAGUCAAGUCAUAUUAUUAGUUUUGAAAGCUGCGGGGGGAGGGGCGGGGAGGAACAGGUUUUGAGGAUUCUAGAAUCUCAGAUUGUAGAGAACUCAGUCACCAAACUCAAUGCUUUAAUCUCUUCUACAAAAUCCCUGCCAGAUGGGUUAGCCAGUGCAGGGACAGCAUUCACUAUCUCCUGAAACUACAUUAGAAACUAGUCAAAACUGUCCCUGUGGUCACUUCCUCUCAGUAGCCCUUAUGUCAGCUGAGGACAUUCAAAAUGUAACUCAUUUUGUUCUGUAUCUCCAAUAUCUUAAUUGACCUGCUAUUAAGUCCCUUCAAAUUCUGGUCUGGUCUUUGAAUACAUCCUAAUCUGUAUCUGUUUGGUGCAGAUGGCAGAGAGAAGUCUAUCGAUGUAGUCUACUGUUUCUCAAAGUGUAGGCCAUGGUUCACUUGCAUCAGAAUACCUAUAAAUUCCUGUAAGAGUUUGUUAGACGUGCAGCUUUCAAGGCCACACUUCAGAAUCUCUGGAUGUGAAAUGUGACAAACAUCCCAAAUAAUAAUCAUUUGUUUCACAACUGGAGAAUCACUUUGGCCACGCACUGUAUCUGUAUGUGACAGAGAAAAGACAGAAACUGAAAGAAAAAAAAAUAAAAUCAAUAUUGACUUACUAACUAGCCAUUUUCACAUAUGCCACCAAAGUAUUGUUACACUGUUUUCCAGUAGAAUGAACAUUCAGACUCGAGCAAAACCUGAUGUUUUUCAGUAUUAAAUGUACAUCAUUUUAGUCUGGGCCCGUUAUUUCUGUCUGCUGAGAUCUUUUGUAAUAUGAUGCAGAGUCUCAAAAAUUUAAUGUAACAAGAUAAAAAUGUUAACCAGAAUUCAGCUGUUUAUUACCUCUCAAAGUGUUAUCCUUGAAACAACAUUGUUAAUGAAGGCUGGCGAAAGCCUACCUGCUGGGCACCACGCUCAUUACUGAGCGUUCGAAGUUCAUCUGAAUGAGCCACGCAAAUCUCAUGCAAUGCUGCUAAAUCACGGGACAGGUCCGUUCUAGAAUGCUCUGUAGUGUCCGGAAGUUCAGGUACAUUCUUUAAGGAAAUCGUAAAAUUGCAUUUAGAAAUACAGAUCUCUUUUUUUUUUUUUCUUUUGAGACAGAGUUUUGCUCUUGUUGCCCAGGCUGAAAUGCAAUGGCAUGAUCUCAGCUCACUGCAACCUCCGCCUCCCGGGUUCAAGCGAUUCUCCUGCCUCAGCCUCCCAAGUAGCUGGGAUUACAGGCACCUGCCACCAUGCCCGGCUAAUUUUUUGUUACAAAUACAAAUCUUUCUUUAUAGUCUCAUGUGAAAAGAUUCUAAUUGGGUAUAUUAGAUAAUUUUUUUUAAUACUCAAAUUUCUCUUAAAAUUCUAAAGAUUCUUAUUGAAAUAUAAUAUUCAGUAUUAAUGAUGGUAAAAUAUAGACUUUGUAACCUUUGUAUUCACAUGAAAGCCAGAUUCCAUUUUUUUCCGUAGCAUGACAGAUGUGGUACAAUAUUAUUGCUAUUCUAAAAAUAAGGGGCGGGGGGUGUGGCUUCCUAACAGUUAGCUUUAUAUCUGAUACCUAGAAAUAUCUGAAAUCUAGAACAUAUGCCAAAUAGUGUAGGUUAACUGCUAAUCUGGAUUAAAUGCAGCCUAAACUUAAAAUUCCUAGAUGAAAUUUCAUUAUUAAGCUCCUGUAGUUUGUCUAAGUUGAUAACACAUGUAAGUAGGAACUGCCCUAUGAAAAUGCAAUGAGAACCUGUCAGGUUUGCAAUUAUCUGUGGACUAUGCUCAGAAUACUUGUUAAUGUGUGGGAAUAAUCAGUGUUAAUAAUGGUACUUUCAGAUAAGGUUCAUAAAGUAACUUAGUCACUAUAAUUAAAGUUUAUAGUGUAGGUUGAAUAUCACCCAAAAUGCUUGAGACUAGAAGUGUUUCAGAUUUUGGAAUAUUUGCAGUAUACUUGCCAGUUGAGCAUCCCCAAUCCAAAAAUCCAAAAUUGGAAAUUUUCCAAAUAGCAUUUCCUGUUGGUGCUCAACAAGUUUUGGAUUUUUUAGCAUUUCAGAUUUCAGGUUAGGGAUACUCAACCUGUACUUUAUUAUCAACACUAAAUGCCAGUGUUAUUUUAAGCCUUGGAAUAACAUUUAACAAGGGCUUGGAUUACCAGUAAAACGGUGACAGCAUUUGCUUUACAUUGCUAAAAACUGCAAAACAAUGUUUUCUAUGGGAUAGAGAAACACAGUUACUUGGAAUACAUUCAGUGAUUAAAGGAUUAUAGCGAUGAAAGACACCAUAUUUGCCUUCAGAGAACUGACUCUAGUAGAAAGGACUUUAGAAAAGUAAUUAUAGCAACACAGAAUUAUAUAUCACAGAUAUGCAGGAGAUGCUUAGGAGGUAAAACAAAAGUUAUUUUAUUCAUGUUUGGGGUUCAGCAAAAGCUUCCUGAAGGAGAUAAUAAUUGAGGUGGGUCUUCAAAAAUAAAUUUGGCUUAUACAGGUGGUGAAGAAAUAUAGUAGUAUUAUAUUUGGAUUCUAAGCAGUAUGAAAUCCUAGAUUGUGUGGCGUAACUUCUCACACAGUUCCUUAAACAUUAUAGUAAAAAUGUUUUCCAAUGAUUGACCAACUAUAUCCCAGUUCACAUAUAGAAGCAUGAUGGACUUUUAGCAUUUUUGUCAAUUUCACUAUAAAUUUCACUAUAAAUAUGGAGCUAUGCCAUAAUUUUUCAUACACUAGUUUUUAUACCUGAGGUUGCAAACUAGUGACUCACGGUAUUCCUGAUUUGUUUGCCACAAAUUGUGGUGGUCUUUUUAACUGAAUCUGAAUACAUUAAGACAGAACAUGGACACCUCAACCUCCAAUCCUAGCACUCCCUAAUGCCAUGCCUUAUACCUGGCUCUAUUCACAUGUACAUGCACCUUCCUGGUUUCUCUAUAUAUGAACUGAAUUACUAAUAAGUUUAGUUUAAAACUGACUCAGUACCUGAAAAUCUGUUCAAUCAUGAAAAUUUAACUUGAUUAAGAAAGGCAGGGUCCUAGAAAUUAUAAAAUACCCUCAUUCAUAAUUUUGUAAUCACAAUUUAUUUUAUUAACAGGGCCCAAAUGAGGCACAGAUAUUCACACUGAAGGAAGUGUAACACCAAAUCCAUGUCUUUUAUUCCUAGAAAAGAAGACUUUUCAGUCUAUUUACUUAUUUAACCUAGUCAGAACUGUGUCAUCGUCUUGCUUCAAGCCCCACAUAGUAGCAGCAAAGUAAAAAAGCUGAGGCGGCAACAGGAUGUCAUAGCAGUCAGAUGUGAUAGCUUUAAAAGGAUAUGAAAAGCAAGACAGACCCUAAAAAAUGAUGGAAGUAGUCUAAAAGCCACAAUAAUGUAUGCUUUGGUGUAAACUAUUUAGUGUAAGAAUAAAUGGUUUUAAUUACAAACAAAAAUGCUGUUUUUUGUUUAAGACGACAGACAAAAAUUUGCAGGCUUUUUGUCUUUUUAGUUUUGGAUAGAAAAUCUUUCUAAAGAUUGCUGCUUAAAUGGGUUAACUCUGCUAUACCAACUAUAAGUUUUUAAAAAGUACCUGAAAACUAUAUACAUACCCCAAGUUCAUCUAAAAACAUGAUCAUACGAUGUUUGUUGCUUUUGAUGAAUGGAUUGACACCUUCCAUGUAGGGCUCCUGAAAAAUAAAAUGCUACUAUUAUAUGCACCAGAAACAAACCACUGUUUGACCUAUUAGGUUGGUGCAAAAGUAAUUACAGUUAACAGCAAAAACUGCAAUUACUAUCGCACCAAAUUAAUAUAGCAAAACCCAUACAUGUAGCAAUACUUCUUAUAAAUUAGGUGUAGCAGCAGCAACACAUUCACAAGAAUUAAUUAAAUCAUAUAAUGACAGUAUUUUCCUUCUAGUAUAUAAGCAAAUGGCUAUACUGAGGAGUAUGGGUAUUUUUAAUGAAAGAAAAUUCUGGACCCAAGCACAAAUUGUAACACAUAGCCUGGCAGACACAAAUUCUUAUAUAUAAAUUCACUCAAACAUGGCCCCAAAUCGUAGGUUUGAAUCCAGCAGAGAUUACAGGGAAUUAAAAUACAAUAUAAUAAAGACUGCAAUAGGAAAAUAUCUUAUUUGUAACCUGCCUCAAGAUUCAGAUGAAUUCAAAACCUAGGCCAUACACGUAGUUAACUGCUCAUCAUACUAAAAUCCUGACUACUUAAAACCAUGCUAUAAAUAGGGAAAAUGUUAAGAUUAACACACACUUUCAAAAUCAGUAAGAAACAAUGAGAUAAGGACCUCAAUAGUCAAUUCCAAAGAUAAAGACAUGAACGUCUCUCUAACAGUAAUAAAA